AUGGAGAAAAGAGAACAAAACUCGAUCUCAGCGUCAUUAUAUUGCGUCAGAAUUAGUCAGAACGACGAUGACUUUUUGUAUUUAAUCACAAUUUCCAUUAACAAGUCACAUUUCUUUAACGACGACAAACAUCAAAACUUUUCUUUUUCUGAAUAUCAAAACAAACCAGAUGUGAAUGAGUGA